AUGGUCCCCAUCAGUGACCCUCAGCAACAAGGCCAGUCUUCUGCAAGCCGCUCACCUUACAAGGAAAAAAAACAAAAUCAUACUACCAAGAAUUCAAACUUCAGCAGACAUGGGGAGCUCUGGGAAGAGCCCGAAACACUGAUGGAAUUGUACAGUGCAUGGAAAUGGUUCAGUAGGACGAGGUACCAGGGAAACCGUGAGUCCCGUAGUGCUAAGGGUCUUUCCGACUGUGCAGGAUAUUAUUACCUCAUGCCCCAGUGCAGUGUUUUACAGGAGAGGCUGCAAGGCUUGGGAAAGUGUCCCAAGAUUCAGAAGAAUGAUGAAGAUGAGGAUGAAGAUGAGAAAGAUGAGGAGAUUGCGAAAGUACAGGAAUCACCUGCCCCCAGGGAGGUGCAGAUGGCUGAAGAAAAGGAAGUCCCUCAGGACUCACUGGAGGAAUGUGCUGUCACUUGUUCAAAUAGUCACGACCCAUCUGACUCCACCCAGCCUCACAGGAGCACCAAAAUCAUAUCUGAGGAAGACAAAGUUGACUCUGCUCUGGUUGUAGAGAAUGAACUCUCUCAUGAUGAAGGGGAGGAAGCUCUAAACAUUCUCCCAGAAAAUCAAAAUGAUCGUGAGGAAGAAGAGGGGAAAGCACCAGUGCUCCCCAGACACAAUGAUAUAUCCAACUCUUACCUGCAUCAUGAAGUCACUUUCUUGGCACUGGAUGAAGAGAAAGUUUGCUCUGCUCAGGAUGUUGCCAGGGAUUACUCCAAUUCCAAAUGGGAUGAAGCCCCACUUGGCUUCCUAGAAAAGCAAAAUAAUCUUGAAGAGAUGAAAGGAAAACAAACAAUUGAUCCCAGGCUCAGCAGGGGACCACUGAGGGGGGACAAGCAUGAAGUCCCCCAGGAGUCACUGGAUGGAUAUUGCUUGACUCCUUCCAUCCUUCCUGACCUACCUCACUCCUACCGCCCUUAUGGGAGCACUUCGUACUGUUUUGAAGAAAAGCAAGUCACUUUGGCUCUCGUAGACAAAAUUGAAAAGGAUCAAGAGGAGCUAGAAGAUCAAGACCCACCGUGCCCCAGGUUGAUCCAGGAUCUGCCAGAGGUGAAGGAGCAGGAAAUGCCAGAGGACUCCGUGGAUGAAGUUUACUUGACUCCUUUAGUUCACCGUGACCUAUCUGACUGCCACCAGCCUUAUAGCAGCACCUUGUCCUCAUUGGAGGAUCAACUUGCCUGCUCUGCUCUGGAUAUAGCCUCUCCCACCAAGAAGGCCUGUCCCCAAGGGACUUGGAGUGGAGACUUGAGCCAUCACCUCUCAGAGGUGCAGGCUUCACAGGCAGAGCUGGAGCCAAGCACCCUGGUGCUCAAAUGUCUGCGACUACAGCUGGAUCAAGGGAAUGGCUUGGCCAGGCAGGGCCGUUCCUCUACCACUUGCAGCUUCGCAGCCAAUGCUGAUUCUGGGAACCAAUGGCCCUUCCAAGAGCUGGUUUUAGAGCCCUCCCUGGGGAUGAAGAACCCUCCCGAGCUGGAAGAUGAUGCACUUGAAGGCUCAGCAGACAACACACAAGGGCGUCAAGUCAAUGGCCACAUUCACGCCUCCAGUGUCCUGAAACCAAAGAUCAUCAAACGAAAAUUCUCAUUCAGCAAGUGGAGACUGGCGUGCAGAUUCCCUGGCCUGCAAGCCUAGAGUGCAGAGAUACCAAAUACUGCUGGAAGGAUGCAAAGGAUGAAAGGAUGUCACAAAAAGUAG